GCGCCAAGUACGCAUGCGCUCCCAAAUUUCGAGGUCAGUUGAUGUGUAAAAACAUAGCAUGCGAUGACAACUGCGAAUGCAAGUGUAUUGUUCAGCCGUGUCCUAAAAGGUAUGCAAUCAACUAAUUAGUGUAAUAUAUAUUAAUAAAUUAUUGUUUGGCAAAGUAACUGAAACGAACUUCUAUGAAUUUGAAUAGUUUAAUGUUAAAUAAUUCUCUUUUAAAUGAAAACGAACCCUUUAAUGAAUGUUAUUCCUGUUAAAUUAUUUUUAAAGUAUUAUAUUACCUUUGUUAAUUAGGCAUUUUUUGACUUAAUAAAGAUAUUAUUUUUAUUAUGAUUUCUAGCCUACUUGUUUAAUACUUACUCACUUAAUAGGGUUUCGACUAAAAUUUAAUCAUACAUUUCGUGAUUUUUCAUAUCAUCUCAAUUGUGUGGCCUACCAUUUUAUUGCCAGUUUGAAAUAAAUGCUGAAUCUACUGAAUCAGCAAAUGCCUUUUUUAAAACAUAAUUUAAAAUUCAAAUUUUCUAGUUUAAACCAAGUCAAAAUAAUUCAUUUCCAAAUAUUGUAAUUGAUUGGGAUCCGAUUCCAGGAGAAAUAAUCUCAUAUCAAUAAACACAAACAUACAUCCCAGUUGAUUAGUUCCCCUCGAGAAAAAUCAACCAUCAAUUUUUAAUAAUCAAAUUAAAAUAAAUAUCAAAUAAUUUAUUUUUUACCCUUGUUUUUUGGUUACGUUACUGAAUUAACUUAAACCAACUCAUCAAUAAUAAUUAUAAUUUCAAAAGAUUAAACGUGUUGAAAAACAUGAAAUGAUCAUUUUAACAAUUAACAGAACAAUUUUAGAGAGUAUCGUUUUCCAUUGAUUUCUAUCCCUUGCCUAGGAUCGACGUGUGUCAAACAGAUAUUGCAGGUUGUGAAUGUCGUAAGAUCAAACAAAAUUUACCCGUAGACGACCCCUGGGAGAAUCCAUUGAACCCCUACAACGACACAAAGACAGGAUAUUUGGGGCAGCAUCGUUCUUCCAUGAUGAAAAAUCCACUUUUAUUCAAGGUUUGAAUAGACAUCGUAUGCUAUUAUAAUCAUCUGUUAAUUGUACAUCUUUAAUGAAUUCGAUAUUUUCGUUGAAUACCCAUAUCUCCAAGAAAUUAUCCAAAUAAAAGAAGAUGAUACAAAUUUUAGUUGCAGUAUAUUGAUAAUUUUGUCUGCGGUGUUGUCAGUAAAAUUCUAACCUGCCACAAGAAAGAAAAAUAUCAGAUCGCCAGGUGUACCUACAUUUAUUUUCAUCAUCCUAUUUUUUUCUGGGUUUUAUUAUAUAUUUCUUUAAAAAUAUCUAAAAAAUGCACCGAUGAUUGAUGCGAUAUUAAAAUAAUAUAUAAUAUAGAAAAUAUAAUACAUUGUUAAAAAAAAUAUGUUCAUUUUCGUGUCAUUUUGACGGGAAAAUACCAGUGUAUAAGAAUAAUUGUAAUUUCUUCACAACUAGUCACGACUGGGCAUCCACAAAAGAUGUUCCAGAGAAAUGCCAUGUGAUGACUACACGUUUGGAAGCUUACCUAAAAUUACCUGGACAGCUUCACACGGUGAGGUGUAUUAUAUGGUCAUUGUCGCAUGGCGGUGUGUACUGGGUUUGUAAAGGGAGACUUAGAUUAAGCUUAUAGGUGGAAUGACUAAAGUUGUUAUGUAAUGUGGAUUAAUGUUGUUCUAGAAUCCACAUUAUAUUUGAUGUAAUUUAAAUUUUUUGAUGGUGGUGUAUAUAAUUGUUAAAGUAAGCUAGCUUGUGUCAAAGAAAGAGAUGCAAAAAGGUUAUUUCACCUCAUGUACAUGAAACGACCUAAUUUUCCACAAGUCUCGUAUUUCUCUAAAUGUCGCCUUCAUGCCUCUACUAAUCUUCACAAGUAUUAACGUGUAUUCGCAUGUACAAAUGUUCAUGUCAUCACACAAAUGCAUAGUCUCCAAAUGUAUCAGUUUGGGUUUGACUUUGUCCCACAUGUCUCAGUUAGUCACCACUAGUCUCAAUUUGUCUGAUCCUGCCUCCACGUUUUUUUUUUAUUUGUCUCCACAUAUCCAGCUCUGGCUGGAUGGUCUGGAUGCCUCCCUGAGCACAAAACCUGGGUCCUGAGGAAACGGGUGAGCAGUUCUCCGUCUUAUCAUUUUUAUUUGAUUUUUUUUAUCUCAUAGAAAAUCGUAUUUGACAAGCAAUGAACAAUGGAAAUGUAUGUUUGAUACAGUCGAAGAUCUAACAACCCGUGCAAGUGAGCCUUAUCAGCUGUGGAAGAAGGUUUUUUAAGGACCACGAAUGUAUUACAUGUGCUGAUGUAAAAGUCAAAUUUUACACCAAAAUGGAAAAAGAGGGGGAAUGAUUUCUAAAAAAAAAAUAAUAUUACUAAUUCCCCAUGGACCAGCAACCGACUUUUAAUAUGUUGAAAAAAAUAUAUUUUAAAUGCAAACUGUUAGGAAUAGGUCGUAAAACAUUGUGAAUGUACGUGGACCAAUGCCACAUGUACGUGGACAAAUGCCAUUCCACACCCACGAAAUAUGGUUUAAAAUGCGACUUUCACCAGUUCUUCUUUUCUUUUCUUUUUUUUAACAAACUGGAUGUUAACAGAAGCCAGGUGACACAAUUUUAAAUAUUAUUUUUCAAAAUCAUUUUAACAUCCCCAGCCUACAAGAUGCUCUACAAAUUUUCUAGCUCUGAACAGAGCGGCAAUAACUGCUGGAAUAACUCAAGAGCAGGAGCUACGAGACUUUCGUAACACCCACAGCCGGAGGUUCUCAAAGAAAGACAAAGAAUUUUGUACGAGGGGUAAGGCAAUGCCGAUAUCCCUGGACUCUUCGUCAAUUUUCGGAGCACCUACAAGGUAACACUGCAAUGGAUGGUCUACUGGAAAAAAUAGAAAGUGGGUUGGUGGGGUUUUAAGGAGGGCAAUCCAUACUUAAACUUGACUUGUCGGAGCUUAUAGGCCGUUGUGUUAGGCAAUCUUUGUUUUGUUAUAUUGUCUUAAAUUCGACAGAGAUCAAUAAUGUUGUCAUUGACAACUAAUUAUUUAAAUGUUAACAAUUCAUGCUAGAUGCCGUUUAGCUCCAGUAAAUUGUAAUUAAAAGAAGAUUUUUAAAAUAAAGUUAUACAUGUAGUACAGAAAAUUAUGUUCUGACACCACAUACCAUACUUGUAGCCUCUGCUUCUUCUUAUAUAUAUUAAGUGCCCACGAUCAAUUUAUAGAUCAUUUUGGCUCCUAUGCAUGUAGAGGAGAUUUGCAAUGUUUCUGUGCCUGGUGUUGAUGAGGAUAUUUCAUUGGUUACAAGGGCCACUUAGUGAGUUUAUCAUGCACUGGGGUUUGGAAGGCCUGAGGCAAUAGACGCAAAUGUGUCAAGUGUUGUCGCCUCAACUGUUCCUUUUGAAAGCUCGUUCCAGUCCCUGAUUGUCUUUGGCAGGAAUGAGCAGUUCCUAUACUGGCUUCUCGCUGGUUUGAGCUGGCAUUGCCUGUAAUGGCCUCGUCGCUGUCUAUGGAGGAGAGGGACGAGUUUCUGUUUGAUGCUGGAGCAGUGGACCAGCCCAUUAUUUAUCUUGUACAUCAUGGAGAGCCUGGAUAGUCGUCGUCGUUCCUCCAAUGGUGACCAGCCUAGUGUUUCCAGCAUUCAACCAAAUUUCCGUUCGAUAAAAUUUCCGUCAAUCAAUUUUCCGUCGACGAAAUUUCGCUCAAACGAAUUUCCAGUAACCGAUUUGGCCUUCUGUAUUGCUCUUUUUGUUGAAAGGGCUUCGUUUUGCGCAUCUUCUGGCUUUUUGACUUCUUCAUACAUUGCUGUUUACCAGUUGGAACGUUGCUUAGCGAUGAUCUCCCAUUCGUUGAUUUCUAUGUUCGCUUCCCUCGUGCCCCUCUUGCAAACGUCCAUAAAUCGCAGCCGUGACCAUUCAAUAAGUCUUGUCCCUUUUGCCAACUCUCCAUGCACAUAUUCACUUGUAUAAAAAGUAUUUAAUAAUCUAAGUUCAUCCCUUGUAGUGCUAAUGUUUCAACCAAUGGUAUGUAAUUGGAGGACAUGCAAGAUAUAGUGGGAAAGGCCUGACGAAAAUAAAAAUAAACACCUAGCAAGAUGUUCACCUUGCAGAACUAACCCGGUUACUGCCAUUUUUUCGGUUUAGGAGCAAGCGAACAUGUUGUAAGAAUGUUUUAGGUUAGAUACAAAUCCAUGAGAGCCUCAACUUAGCUCAGUUUGUUAUUUACCUUCGAGGUACACCAACACCGUCGCAGACUUGAUCACCAACCAGGAACACAAAGAUUGGUUGAACUGUGUACGACCAUGUAUGGAAUCUCGUCCCAAAUGUGGAAAGGUAACUUUCUUGGGCCUUUUUAAAAGCUAUUAUUUUUAUUAUGUUAUCCUCCUAUUUUAAAACCAUCUUCGCAUCUUUAUAUCAAAUUAUGUUGGUAAAUCUGUCAACAUAAAGUUUGAUAGUUUUAAGGAUCUACGAGUGUGCAUAACAAAAGAAAAAUCCGAUCAUUUUUACUGUAAAAACACGAUCAAUUCACAAGGUAAAUGCUCCCACAACAAAUUACCGAAAAAUUAUUUCGCUUACAUUUGGAUUUCAAAAAUGUAAUCUUGUUUAAGAUGUUCUUAAGUGAUUUUUUAAAUUUAUGUCAAUAAUAUUUUUUUAUGAAGAAGAGAUUUGUAAAAAUGAAAGCAGUACCAUUAUAGCAAGAGUUUCAAUGUAUGGUCGUCUUCCCCAUAAUACCAACCACCAGUGAAUCCAACAGACAAAACGAUUUUUAAAUGUCUGAGAUAUGCGUCUUAGUACUACAAGAUAAACUAUUAUUAUUAUUAUUAUUUAUGUAGAUCCACAUUUUAUUAACAUCUGCACAUCUGUAGCCUGACCCUUGGAAGGAAAACCACGCCUACACCCUGAGGAUGUUCAAGAACGACCCGGGCCUGAAGCCUGGCAAAUUGUGGCAUAUGCCGAAAUUCGAAAAUAUUGUAAGUUUUUUUUUUUUUGCCUGGUCAAUACGUCCAUCGCAUUGAUAUUAAGCGUAUUUAUUAUUAUUAGAGGUUCUAGACGACUGACUGGAGCAUUAAAUCGUUGUUUCCUUACAUGAUAGGUUGUCUGUCUCUAUACCGAAAGUUGUUCUAAGUUCAAAUCACGCGUUUACCAUGCGUGUUGAUUCAACCAGUAUAGAAGCUGGGGUUGUGGUUGCAGACAUAAAUCAGAGAUCCAGACAAAAAUUGAAACUUUUCACUAAAGCUAAUCGCUAUUCUGGGGGAGAGAAGAGCUUAAGCUCUCUAGAUCAGCUUAUGCCAAACUCCUAAGCUUUCCGGAUCGGUUGACAGGUUUUUCAUUGCCCCAGAUACCGGUGCCAGUUAUAUAAAUUAUCGUUCUUUUAUUUUACUUUAAAUAUGUCAUAAAGUAAUCCAUUUUCAGCCGAUUUGAAAGGACUCGAUUAAUUACAAUUGUUUCGAGCUAGCCGUUAAUUGAUUUAUUUUGUUAAAGCUAUUUUAAAAAGUUUCAAAAACCUAAAUAGCAGUUGAUUGUUUUACAUAUUUAUAAAAUGAGCUUUAAUUGGGAAUACAAAUCGAAUGUUGGUGCUACAAAAACAUUUUAGCUAAAAAUGAUUAUUUCAUGUGGACAGUGCUUUUUAUUGGCAAGCAAAUCAAAUUGUUGCUGGAUUGUAGAUAUUGCUACACACAUUCUGUCAAAUGAUCUCUGACAAAGAGCCAGUUUCCCAAGGGUAAGUUGAAGGAUAUUGGAACAGGGUCUUUCAAGGAUAGGAAACUUUUGCAUGAUGUCAAGAUGGUGAAAUCUUUAUUCAACCGAUUUCCAGCAGCUAGAUCAAACAAAAUUUCUAGCAAAUUGACAUUCGAAUCAGCCUUUGAUACAAUAGAUGGAUCUCGUAUCCAUCAAAGUCAUAUCCACGGAUUAUCUUCUCUUUGAAAUUAAAAUUCGAAAAGUCUAAUUAUGUUUGUCAAGUGUUCAGCUAUGACCUUUUGUAGAGAUGUGUUGUCAAUCGCUUCCUCUGCAUGAUGAUUCAAUGAUGGUUUCUGUCAUAUUGUGAAUGAUAUUAAAACAGUUUUCUGACACCCGACUUUUCUAUGACUCUAGCUUUUUAUCAUGACCAUCGAUCUUGUCAGCCAUUGUUAAGUGCGAAGCCACCUUAUCAUUUAUAUAUGUGUUGAGCUCAUUUAUGUAAAGUAAGUUAACUUGGAAAUCCAAUGCCAAGUUCUGAACAAUCUGUUGAUGUUGUUUUUUUUCCUCUAUCAGAAAUUCGGUAAUCUUCCUUCGUUAUUCAAAACACUUGAUGAAACUUUCCCUCUCAAACAAGCAACAUACUUCUGCCUUCAGUAGAAGUUGUUUGUAUUUUGCCUCCAUGACAUCAUAGAUUGCAGCUAAUCAUCUUGAAUAUAAAGCGUUGCUUUCAUAUAUUUAAUAAUAAUAAUAAUAAUAAUAAUAAAGUUCAUUUCAAAAACACGCUUCAUCCCCAAAGGCUCGAAACGCGGUACAAAGUCAACAAAAUAGAAAUCUAUAAUUUACCACAUUUAAAACAAACGCAACACUACAAAAACUAAUUACAAGUAUACAAUAUCAAAGUCUUUCUAGCCAUUUCAACCCGGAGCAACACAGCAACACAUGGAAAAUAAGGUAGACAAUCAUCCCAGAAGGUGUUUGCGAAAUAGGUGUGUCUUUAAAUUGGUUUUAAAGGACUCCAGUGUCUGGUUGUUUCUGAGAUCGACAGGAAGGGCGUUCCAAAUUGUUGGACCAGCACAUGCGAACGUGCGCUUUCCGUAAGUCUCAAGGCAAACACGUGGUGUCGAGAGUUUGCCACUAUCGGAUGAGCGGAGCUCUCUAGUGGGUACAUAAGGCGUAAGCAGCUCUUUCAGAUAGGACGGCGCCAGGUCAUGUAAGCAGCGGUAGCACAAAGUUGCGAUUUUGUACUCUAUGCGAGCACGCACCGGCAGCCAGUGCAGCUCUCUCAGAAGUGUUUUUGCAUCGUCGAACUUGCGUUUGCGGAGAACAAUGCGAGCCGCAUUAUUCUGUGCUAUUUGAAUUUUAUCCAGGAGCGUAGCUGGAAGACCCACCAUGAGAGCAUUGCAAUAGUCCAUGCGUGAUAGCACAAAUGCAGACAUCAGCCUCUUUGUUGCAUCAAUUGUUAGGAAGCGCCUCAUGUGACUAAUCCAAUUUACCAAUUUUAUGAGUUCUCUUAGCACAUUGGCUUACACAAAGUUUUCUAAGCAGAGAUCUUUAACACAUCCCGCGAUGACACAGCUAGUGUAUGUUUUUGGAGCUUUUUCAAUUCGAUAUGCAACCUUAUGUUUAAUGAAUGUUAAUUAUUUUUUAAAGUUCAUUGUUAAAUUGUAUGUACAGCGUGGUGAUUCCAGCCCUAGGCUGGGGUACCACGCUAUAUAAAACCACUAAUCAUAUCAUAUAUCAUAUCAUAUAUAUGUAUAAAAGUGAAAGUUUGGUUGUUUGUGGCUGGCUGGAUUUGUUCCACAUACGUUUUUACAUGGAGUGAUGGAUCUUGACCAAACUUGGCACAUAUAUCCAUCAUGAUAAAGAAGGAACUCUUAAGGGGUCAUGAACUUUUUAUUACAUUCCUUUAGGGGCCGGGGGCCCCGAAUUCGUUUUUUCCUAUAUGAGCUAUAUAAAUAAAAUUACUAAACAAUACUCCUACAUGAAUAGAUGGAUCUUGACCAAAAUUAGUACACAUACAGUUUAUUAUCCAUACCCAAAUACUUAAGGGUACUGAACUCAUAAUAUGAAUUUCUCUGGGGCCGGGGGCCCAGUUAAAAUUUUUUCUUACAUAAGCUAUAUAAAUAUCAAUAGGCUUAGACAACGGUAUAGGUUCUAUGUUAAUUGAUUGAUCUAAGCCUAGCUUUGUUCAUUACGCUUCUUAGUCCGUAUUGAAAUAUCGGUGAAUUUAAAACUAAUACUAUCAAAUCUAGAAUUAUCCAGAAAGUUUGAUAAUUUUAAAAAGCUAUAUCAAUGGCAUUUUAAAGUAAAUUUUAAUGAGACAAAUUUUAAAUUUUAACUUUAUUAUUGAUCUGACUGAUUUUUAUAGGGCCCCUUAUCUUAGGCAUAACAAAAUUGAAAUUCUCUGUAAAACUGAUUAAUUUUUAUUCGGGAUCCCAAAGGGGUCGGGAUCCCAUAAAAACCUUUAUGCCAACGGGAUCAGGAUCCCAUCAGAAAAUGGGGUCCCACCGGGAUAGGGAUCUCAACCUUGAAUGGAUCCACUGGGAUCGUGAUAACAUCGGGAAACGGGACUGCGCAUGUGAUCGGUGUCAGAAUGGGAUCGGGGUCACACCAGGAUCGGGGUCAUUAUGCACUCCCGUACAACGCCGGGUAAAUCGGCUAGUAUAUAUAUGAGAGUAAAAAUUUGUUUGUGGCUGGCUGGAUUUGUUCCACAUUCGUUUUUACAUGGAUUGAUGCAUCGUGACCAAACUUGGCACAUAUACCCAUCUUGAUAAAGAAGGAACUCUUAAGGGGCUACGAACUUUUUAUAACAUUCCGUUGGGGGCCGGGGACCACGAAUUCGUUUUUUUUCCUUAUAUGAGCUAUAUAAAUAAAAUUACUAAACAAUACUCCUACGUCAAUGGAUGGAUCUUGACCAAACUUAGAACAUAUUAAACACUUGUUUAUCCAUAUUCAAAUACCGAAGGGAACUGAAGCCAUAAUAUGAAUUUCUCUGGGGCCGGUGGCCCCAUUUCAUUUUUCCUUAUAUAAGCUAUAUCAAUAUCAAUAGGCUUAACACUAUUACAUGAAUGGUUGGAUCUUGACCAAACUUAUUACACAUACACAUGAUCAUCCAUAUUCAAAUACCGAAGGGUACUGAACUCAUCAUAUCCAUUUCUCUUGGGCGGGGGGGGGGGGGGGGGGGGGCAGUUCAUUUUUCCUUAUAUAAGCUAUAUAAANACGCUUCUUAGUCUGUAUUGAAAUAUCGGUAUAUUGAAAACUAAAAUAUCCACUCUAGCAUUGUCCAGAAAGUUCGAUAAUUUUUAAAAGCUAUAUCUAUGUCAUUUUUAAAAUCGAUUUUAAUAGGAAAAAAUUUAAAUUUUAAUUCUAUAAUUUAUCUGAAUGAUUUUUUAUAACCCCCCCCCCCUCUAUCUCAGACAUAACUUGAAAGGUACUUUAUUAAAUAGGGCCCCUAUUUAAUUUAAAUGUACUACAGCUAUAGUAGUGCAAAUUAGUUGUAAAAUAUUUCGUAUUUGAAAAAGAAUUACUUAGAAAAGUAGUUUUGUACAGGUUUUAUGGAGCAUAUUAAAUUAAAACUAGAAUCUUCCAGAAGUUCUAUAUUGCUCUAAGGUAGCGGUUCUCAACCUGUGGGUCGCGACCCCUUCGGGGGUCGCAAGGCCCUUUCCCAGGGGUCGCCUAAGACCACCGGAAAACACAUGUACUCUACAGUUAUGAAGUAGCAACCAAAAUAAUUUUGUGGUUGUGGCUCGCCACAACAUGAAGAACUGUAUUAAAGGGUCGCGGUAUUAGAAAGGUUGAGAACCACUGCUCUAAGGGGUAAUAUAACGUGAUCUAAACGCUAAUUCGAACAAAAUCGCACUGAGCAUGAUUCCUUUGAGGAACAAGAUCCUAAUGGGGAGCGAGAUCCAUUAGUAUACUGGAUCCCAUCGGUAACGGGAUUCUAUCGGGUAUCGGGAUCAAACCAGGAUCGGGAUCCUAUCGUGAAACGGGAUAAAAUUUGAAAAAAGGGUCCCUAGUUGAAACGAGAUCCCUUAGAAAAUGGUAUCCUAACGGGAUCGGUAUACCAUCGGGAUACACCAAGAUCGGGAUCCUAUCGGAAUCGAGGUACCGACGGGAUCGGGAUCCCACCGGGAUCUGGAUUCCCCCUAGAUCCGAAGCCAAAAGAAAAUGGGAUAACAUCGGGAUUGUGAUCACACCUGGAAACGGGAUUGCGCCGGGGUCGGCGUCAAAAUGGGAUCGGGCUCCCAUUGGGAUCGGGGUCCCUCCAGGAUCGGGGUCCUAAUGCAAUCCCGGGCCACGCCGGGUAUAUCGGCUAGUAUAUAUAUAUAAAAGUGAAGGUUUGUGGGUUUGUUCCACAAAGGCUUUUAAAUGGAUUGAUGGAUCUUGACCAAACGUGGUACAUAAAUACAUCAUCAUCCAGAAGGAACUGUUAAGGGGUUAUGAUCUUUUUAUAACAUUCUGUUUGAGGCCCGGGGCCCAAAAUGUCGUUUUUUCCUUUAUGAGCUAUAUAGAAAAAAUACUAAGAAAUACUCCUACAUGAAUGGAUGGAUCUUGACCAAACUUAGUACACACACAUACACUUUAUUAUCCAUAUUAAAAUAUCGAAGGUUAUUGAACUCAUAAUAUACAUUUCUCUGGGGCCGGAGGCCCCGUUUCCUUUUUUCUUAUAUAAGCCAUAUAAAUACCAAUAAGCUUAGUACUCCUACUUGAAGUGAUGGAUCUUGACCAAACUUAGUACACAUAUAUUUGAUUAUCAAUAUUCAAAUACAUAAGGGUACUGAACUCAUAAUAUCAAUUUCUUCUGGGACCGGGGGUCCAUUUGAUUUUUCCUAAUGUAUGCUAUAUAAAUAUCAAUUGGCUUAGAGAAAUUGAUUGAUAUUGGCCAAGCUUGGUAUCAAAACACUUCAUUGUUCUUCUUGAAAUAUCGAUGGAUUUAAAAUUAAGAAUAUCCAAUCCAUGCAGGGCCGAUCUUGAAUUUUCUAGAACGUUCUAUAAUUUUUAAAAAGCGAUAUCUAUGGCAUUUUAAACCGAUUUUAAUGGGACAAAUUUCAAAUUUUAACUCUAUAAUAUAUCUCAAUCAUUUUUUAUAGCCCCCUCCCCCCCCCCCACACACAUAUCAGACAUAACUAAAACGGUAUUUUAAUAAAUGGGCUCUGACUGGGGCCCCUAUUUCAAUUUAAAUGUACUAUAGUUAUAGUAGUACCGAUAAGUUGUAUAAUAUUUCGCAUUCGAGAAAUCAUUACGUAGAAAAGUAAUUUUUACUCAUUUUAUAGAGGAUAGUAAAUCUAAUCUAGAAUGUUCCAGAAGGGUCUAUAUUGUUCAACGGGUAUAUAUAAUAGGAUCCAAAAGCUUAUUCGAAAUAAAUCGCUCUUAGCAUGAUCCCAUAGAGGAACAUGGUCUUAAUGGGGAUCAAGCUCCAACAGUAGACUGGAUCCAACGGUAACGUUAACAGUACAAAACCGGGAUCGUGAAACUGGAUCACAUCCGAAAAAGGGGUCCCUAGGUGGAACGGGAUCAUACCGGAAAACGGGACAGCGCGGGAUCGGUGUCAGAAUGCGAUUGGGGAUACAAUGGGAUCGGUGUCCGAAAAGGAUGGGGUCCUAAUGCAAUCCCCUGCCACGCCGAGUAUAUCGGCUAGUAAUAAUAAUAUGAAGCUAGAAAAGAACAACCAUUUAUGCUUCAUGCAUUUAACAUUAAUUUGUGGCAUUUUUGUUUUUAGUCCCGCAUGCUUCCUUUCAUAACAGUAUUUUGCAUUUGAACGGAUAUCUUGGCGGAAGCAGUGAUUGUGUUAUAAAAUAUAAAUGAAAGAUGAAAUAUUUAAGUCGCAGACGAUUUUUAAUUACCACAAAAAUAAUGUAGUGUUCAUAAACACUCUAUAUGUAAGACCGUUCCAAAGUGUGUCGCAUCAUGUUGGAGUGUCCCCUUCAGGGGAAAAGUGUAUCGCUUGAAAAAAAACCAUACAAACUUGCCUGCUUAUUUGGACAUCCAAGGAGUCGAAAUUUAUAGCACAAUAGGGAUUUCCCCUUUGUUUACUUGAAUUCAGUCCCCUUUUCAAACUUUUAUGUCUGCUAUCCACGAUCUUUCCUUUUUUGCAUCUAAUCAUUUUUGGUGUUGCCAGUUUAGGAAUGAAUAAACGCCAAUUAUUUGUUCAAAUUGGUUUGACCAAAUUGAAAGGUUUCACUUUCCUAAUUUUCUUAGCUGGCACAUAGCGUCACCUUUCCAGGCUCCACUUGAUGCGUACUACGUAGGGUGUUUUUAUACCAUACGCAAUCUCGAUUUGAUGAGGUUUUGUUUGACAAUACUUUCUAACAUGUAAACUUGCCACUAUUUCUUUACUAAUGUUUUGCGGACCGGCAACGUAAGUCUCGUGGACUGGUCCCGGUCCACGGAUCACCAUUAGGGAACGCUGCUCUAGAUGACCGCGGCUAGUACUUUGUCAAUCUGUUACGUAAGAACCCUUUCGCCCCUCUAACCUUCCCAAGGUCAGGCUUGAAGCUCUCAGUCAGCAAGUAUACUACGGUUUCUUGGCCUGGGGUCCAAUGUAGAGAGUGAAAAUUACAGUAGAAUCAUAGUGGGCAGUGGACAGUUCAGACUUUGGUCCCAGACUAUAAUAUAGGCUUGUCACGGACGGAUGCCAGCCAAAAAAAAAAAAAAUCAAGGCUCUUUAUUUUCCGCGAUUUGGCUCUAGGACUAAUCGCCGCCACCACUUCACUGACGCACUUUUUGUCACCGCCGUUUCGAUGCCUCGUUCGGCCGCCACCCUUUCGUCACCGAGACGCUUCGCUGGCGGCCGUUUCCACAACGGUCAUCACGAUGAUCAAGACAAUAAUUUAAUUACACAGGGGUUAUAAAAUACACAGGUCAUUGAAGUAUGUUUAAGUUUCAAGAAAAUCUAUAUAUUUGUGCAAAGGUCAAAAUUUGUUUGGAGGUUUGUUUAUUAGUUCGUCAUAAGUUGCUACGUGGAUGUAUGGGCAUAAGCGUGUAUAUUCUAAAAAGAAUUACGCUUUAAAGUGUCGCCCCCCUCCCACCCCAGGGUUGCCAACCGUCCGUAAAUUUAUGAACAGUCCGUAAAGAUUUAUCGUAAAAUUGCCUGCCCGUAAAAUUCCGUUAAAAAAUUAAGACGUCCGAAAAAAAAUCGACAAAACAUGGAAUCUCAACGUUUAAAAAACCCAGUAAGUCAUGUUUGUGAUAUCUAUUUUCUUGAUUGAAAUUUUAAUUUUUAAAUUGUUAAAUUGAGUGGCAUCCCGCGCUCUGUUAAUAAACUGUAAGAGCUUUCUGGACAGCUAGGCUCGCGCGCGAGACGCAUCACAAGAUGGACUUGUUUAGACAGAUCGUUGGUCGUAACGUCACAAUUAUGCAUAAAUUAUGACGACAUAAAUAUUUUAUAAAUAGUAUCUGUUUUUAAAAAAUGGCGGAGAAGAUGAAUACAAGCGAAGACGAUAGCCGCAGUGAAAACUGUGAAAUAAACGAAAAUGCGGAUAAAAUUAUUGUUAAAAAAGCAAAAGUGAACAGAAAAUGCUAUUUUCAACCUACAUGGAUUGCAAAAGGCGACUUUAAGGACUGGAUAUCAACGGACAAUGAUUCCAAGUAUAACGCUGUAUGUACGUGCUGUAGAAAGAUAUUUAGUGUUGCAUCUGGUGGUGUACGAGACGUUCGCAGCCACGGUGGAAACGCAAAACAUAUUCAGGCAAUGUCAACAAGGAAAUUUGCUGGUGGAAUGUUGCAGUUCUUGACUAAGGAUAAAAAACCAUGUCCUGUAACUGCUCACAACAAACAGGUAACAGAAUGUGAAUUAAAAGUGGCAAAUUUUGUCGCAAAAAAAAACUUGCCACUAAGUUUAAUGGACGACAUCUCGGAAAAUGUUGCAGAUUGGUUUCCUGAUUCAAAAAUUGCUAAAGAUUUCAGCUCUAAACGAACAAAGGGAUCUAUGACGAUUAAAAAUGUUAUUGGCGAACUGAACAAAGAAGAUUUGUCCACUAAGUUGAGAUCAUGUCAUUUUACUUUGUUGGUUGACGAAUCAACUGAUAUAUCAACCACAGAAAUAAUGGCCAUGGUGGUGAUUUACUUCGAUGUUGAAAUUGGUAAGAUUCAAUAUAGAUUUUAUCGUUUAGUUGAUUUAAAAGAAGCAAAAGCAGAGUUCAUUUUUGCUGCAAUCAAGGCAUGUCUGGACGAAGAUAAAAUACCACUGGCCAGUGUAAUGGCACUUGGAACUGAUGGAGCUAACGUAAUGAUUGGAGCCAAAAAUUCCGUGCUUUCACGUUUCAGAAGUGUACAACCAAAUAUAUUUCAUAUACACUGCACAUGCCAUGUAGCUGCUCUAUGUGCCGCUGAUGCAUGUAAAACAUUUCCCAAAUUUAUUGAACAGCUAUGCAGAGACAUUCACAGCCAUUUUUCACAUAGUUGCAAAAGAUUACAGCUGUACAAAGAGUUUCAAGAGUUCGUGGAAGCAGGCACUCUACGAAUAUUGUAGCUGUGUUCCACGAGAUGGUUGAGUCUGUUGGAGUGUAUUAAUCGUAUUGUUAACCAAUAUGAUGCACUUUCAAGCUAUUUUCAAUCAAGUGAUGAGUGUGACCGGUUGGUUACGGUGGAUAGAAUUAACACUCAAUUGCAAAAUCCUGUCGUUAAAUGUUAUUUUUUGUUUUUGCAAGCAGUGCUGCCUAUGUUUACUCAGUUCAACAAAUGUUUAAAUAAAAUUCUCCGAUUUUACCAGAUGUAUAUGCAGAGGCAAAUCAACUGUUAAAAAGUGUGUUGGGUUACUAUAUACGACCACAGGUACUGUUGUUAGCUGAAGACUUAACGAGUUUUGAUCACUUGGACAGUACAAACUUUAAAUCACGCGAUAACAUAUUCAUUGGUUAUCAAACUAAACUACAGCUGCGAAAAGUAGAUGAUCCAUCGACUGUUGAAAAGUUUUAUGUUGAUGUUCUUGCAUUUUAUACCAAAGCAGUCAGUGCUGAAGCUCAUGUCAGUACUAAAACACACUAACAUAAUAUCGGUGGAACAGUCGGAAAUUUUGGAACUAGCCCAGCUUUUUCCACAAAUUGUGUCUCCAGCAGAUUUUGAUAGUUUAGAGGCCGAGUUGAUUGACUACCAAGUUGCGGAUUUAAGCAAUGUUAAGGCCGACGGAGGUUAUGAUGCUUUCUGGCAUCAAAUUGGACAAAUGACUAGAAAUAUCGAAAACAAAGAGUACAGAUUUCCGCUACUUUCGAAGUUUGCACAAACAUUGUUGGCGCUUCCACAUGGAACAGCAGAAGUAGAACACGUUUUUUUGCUGUUAGUUUAUUGAAAACCAACUUGAGAAACAAAUUGUCUUCUCAAAUGUUGGAAAUGGACAGGGAAAAAUUACUCCCACAAUGAUCGACAGUGUAAAUGUUUCUAUGUAUGAUCAUAAGCAGGAGGAAUUUAACACUGUCACUGAUGAUGAAUGUCAUACAAUAAACUAACGUUAUAAAAUAUGAGCAUGGUAAUAGAGGCGUACUCAUAUGGAUACUUUACAUUUUUUAGCGACAAUGCUUGGAUUAUGCUUCAUAUUCGUCCGUUUUAAGGUCAACAUUUUAUGUUAAAUGUGUCAGUAAAAAAAAUUUUUUGUCAGUAAAUUUUGUUGAGAGUUUUUAUAUUUGUCAGUAAAUGUUAUUUUAUUGAGUUGGCAACCCUGCUCCCCCACCCCCCACCCCCACCCCCUGUUUCCGGCCCCGUUACGUUACCUCGUAUUAAUGCGAUCCGAUUUUUGAACCAAAAUUAUAGCAUUAUAGCGGGGUUCCACUAUACUUUGUGAAUUAACUAAUUAUAAGAGGGUUGUACUGCAAUAGAGCUUUUAAUUAGUUAAUGAGACAUAAACCAUUUAUGUAAAUAAAACAAUUGAGAAUCAGCAGCAAAAUGAUUUCAAAUAAUGGUCCCAUCCCCAUCUUGACCUGGUAGCAUCAAUGAUCCUGAUUUUCACCUCUUCUUUAAUUGAACCACAUUCUUGACAUAAACCAGAGAUAAUUGGACCACAACUAUGUCUUAAUACAGAUAUAAUUGAACCAUAACCAUAUAUUAAUACAGAGAGAAUUGAACCAUAGCCAUAUAUCAAUACAGAGAUACAAAAAAAACACAAGUAUGUCUUAAUACAGAGAUCUGCUCAGAAACUGUACACUAGACCAACUAACGUGAUCAUGCAAUUUUUAAAGCAGAUAGUAUAGAUGUCAAAGAUUUGAGAUAGUUAUAGUUACGCCCCCUUGAUUUUAAAAGGUUAUGGUUUUAUUCACAGUACUGUUCUUUUAUCUGAAUAUAAAAAUUAAACUCCGCACUAAAAUAUUAUGUCUCUUUACAAAAUUUCCUGGUAGGCACAACCUCAUUUGUCAACAUUCCGUAAAGACGCUGCACGUCUGGCUGCAUUCAAUGCCCGUAAUUACGAUAAGGUUGGAAGAGAUGGUAUGUUCGGGCAAGGGAUUCCAACCAAGGCGAUCAACGAACGAGACACUAUCAGCUGUUUUAAGGCUUAAUUAUCUCUCAUGGCAUUUUAUGACUUUUAUCUUUGGCUAAAUCAUUUUAAACACAUUCUUAAGUUUGUUGAAAACUUUAAUUUUAGGAGAGCAUGAACACAGAGAUAAAAAGAACAUGAUUCCUAACGACCAUUCGAAUAUAAUGCGUGACAGGAAAUUUGAUUUCUUCACUUUCUCUCAGACACACCCUCUCAGAAAACCAAUCGAACACCUAAAACCACCCACUAGAAUCACCAUCUCACUGAGACGUGGAUGUUGUGACCAAGUCUCUCAGCAAGAGUUUAGAAGGUAUGAUUGGACAUAGACUAACAGAAAAAAAAAAUUAUGAGUGACAACAGUCAAAAUAUACGCAACAAGUAAACAAUGGCUUAAGACUUUAAAAUAUGAACAACAAAACAUGAAACCGUUAUAUCUCUACAAAGUAACAUUACACGAGACUUCAUCCAAGCAGCCGAGUAACUAUCGACUUACUAAUAAGGACAGUUUAAUUGACUUCAAACUUCUAUAAUGAUGAUAGGAAAUCAAACAGAUGACAAUAAAUGACUUGACGGAUCGACUUAUGACAUUAUUUUACGAUUUUUUAAAGUAG